ACUUUCAGCCCUCUCAUGGUUGGUCUCUUUGAUGUGCUCAUCGUUGACGACCAUUUUCGCGUCUUCGAUUCCUCCUUGCACUUUCAAGUCAACCCAGGGAAAAUGUAUCCCGCGGCAGGGAUUAUGUCAUGGGGAGACGGGGCAGAUGAGUUCGUAGCUGGAACGAGGGCUGAAGUGUUCAUCCUCCCCAGAGAUGCAUUUGGCAACGAGGUCACUUCAACCAGUGAAGGAUCAAGAGACUACACUUUCUCAUUAUCUGCAACGACCUCGGAUGGAAUCCCAGCAACUCUACUCAACACAUCAUUCAAAGGAUGGAAUGAGCAACAACACCUCUGCCUUGAGUUCAUUGCAGCUACUGCAGGAAGCCUCCUCCUUCAUGUAGAAACCGAAAACCAAACACUGCACGGAUCGCCACUACCGUUCAUGGUGCAUCCAGGGAAACUGGAUAUCUCCCGCUGUGAAGCUCGGCUGAAGGUGGAAACGAAACAUUUCCAACUGUUCUCGAAUAUGGAAGGGUUAAUCCACCAGUAUGAUCGAUAUGGGAACUUGGUUUCUGGAUCAUAUGAAUUCGACCUUGAAGUUUUCGAAAAGGGAACCAAUCUGUCCAUGCCGUUAUCUGAUCUUCUCUUCAGAGACGUCGCCCCUGGAACUCAGUCGUUCUCCUUCACCCUAUAUGAGCCUGGGAACUUCACACUCAAUAUAUCAGAUAAGGAGAAGAACACCCUGAUCUCCAACACACCAUAUGAUUUCGCUGUAUAUAUAGGUUACUGCGAUGGAGUUAACAGCAUAGUUAAUGGAUCGGGUUUAAAUAGCUCUGUUGUUGGUGAAACUGCAAAGUUUUCGAUUUUUUUGAGGGAUGCCUAUUUGUAUCCUUCUCAGGUUCAGCUAGAAAACCUUCGAGUUCACAUUAUACAGUUGUCUGAUUCACAGAUUAUACAACCAAGAAUACAAAUAAGGGCGUCUAAUGGAAGCUUCUCCUCUGGAAAAUUGAAUCAUGGAGUGAUUGCUACAAGAAACAAUAUAAACGAUAACUGGAAUUUCAAGGCUAGCGACUUUGAUGUUAGUUAUAAAUCUGAGAAGAGCGGCUUGCAUGAGAUGCGUGUUUUUUGUGGGAACAUCGCCUUGAAUGGUGGUCGUGCAUUUAGAAAGGAAGUGACUGCAGGGGCUGUCAAUGUCUCACUCUCUGGGGUGGUGAGGUUUUCAGAGAAAGUGGCGAAGAUGGUGAAAAAUGACAUAGUUGUACGCCUCGUGGAUUCCUAUUCAAAUCCUGUGCUUUUACAAGAAUCACACUUGAGAUUGGAGAUUGCUUCAAUCAACAAAUCUGCCUUCUCUACAUGGGAUUUUGCUGACAACAACAAUGGGUUGUACACGGUUAAGUAUCUUGCAAAUGAUAUUGGAACCUAUGAGCUGUGUGCUUCUUAUAAGGGAGAGCGCUUCGUGCCAUGUCCCUUUGGUGUUCACGUCUAUAACUAUGAGUAUUUCCCUGUAGCUCGCAAUGACACAGCUUCCAUUUGGGAGGAUGAGGCACUUGAUUUUGAUGUUACGAGAAAUGACUCUUUUUCUGGUGCAAAUGCAACAGUUGUUGAAUAUUCCAAGCCAAGGCAUGGUUCACUCCUACUGUACGGAAGCAGUGUCUUUAGGUACACGCCAUAUAAGGAUUUCUAUGGUAAUGAUGAUUUCUCUUAUACGAUGUCCGAUUCAAAUGGGAACCUUGCCUCUGCUGCUGUGGGUUUGCUCAUCGUCUGCAGACCGCCUCACUUUGCUUCGAUCCCGAGCAACUUGCAAGCUGUAGAAGAGGGCGUUAGUCCCACAUUCGGUGGUUUUAAUGGAUUUGAAGUCACUUAUUCGGACUUGGGAGAAAACAUAAGUGUCACUCUGAGUUCAAAAUCUGGUACAGUUCAGCUAUCUCCUACGCAAGUGCAGUUUUGGAGGCCUAAUUGGGACAAAUUUUCAGUCCAUAAAAAGGUUGAUGAACUGAAGCUGAUUGGUUGUAUUGAUGUAGUAAACUCAGCCCUGCAAUCUAUCCAAUAUUCUGGAAACCGUGAUUUCUAUGGUGAUGAUAUGAUCACACUUUAUUCCGAGAACAGCAAUGGGAGGAACGAUGUCAACGUUCCCAUCUUCGUGCAGCCUGUGAACGACGCUCCUGUGAUAAACGCCCCAUCAUUCGUCGUAUUAAAUGAUACGAGUGAUGGAGUGCAGAUUUUUCGUGAGAAUUCUGUUGGUGUUCACGACCCUGAUCUUCAGAACUUUCCUGGAAACCAUUCCCAUUUCUUGAUUGUGUUGACGAUGGAGGUGAGCGAUGGAUUCCUGUCGACUAGCCUCCCUGCAGAGCUCGUCGCAUCGACUGAGUUAAAGAUGAAGAGCAGCUAUCAAUGGCAGCCUCUCCAAACAUUUGUUACAAUAUCAAAGCAUUUCAUGGUGAGAGCAAAGGGGAUCAGAUUUAGGGGUGCAAUUGAGGAAUGCAACAGUAUCUUGCAGAAGCUAUCUUACCAUGAAGGCCAGCAUGGAGCUGUGUUGACACUGACAGUGAAUGAUCUUGGUAACCAUGGAUGCUACCCGAACUGUGAUCAGAUGAUGUCGACACCUCUGUUUGCUGAGUCAACAGUAAACCUCGUACGAUACAAGCCCAUGAGUUCAUUGGCAGCUCAUAUUUUAGGAUCUGCAAUCGUAGUCGAAUCGAUACUUGUGAUCUCUCUUGGGUUGCUGCUGCUGUUCUUCAUAUGCAAAUGUGCCGUUGUUUUAGCCCGGGAGAAGAGGAGGAGGAAGGCUAAGGAGAUUGAGCUAUCCAAACUUGAACAUUCUUCAAAAGAAAAUCUGGAUAUGGAUGCUUCUGAAAAUGAGAGGUAGUUGCCAUGCAUAUGUGGAAGACAGAACUGAAGCUCCAACAAGUUUUUACUUAUCCAAAUUUUAGUUUAUUGUUAGCUCAUUGAAAUUGAAUGUAUAUAUAGUAG